GACGAUCGAGGAGAUCAGUCCAAAGAUGGCGGGGGAGAUGGGCAGGAUCCGCAGCCAGCUGACGGGCCUGAUUGGCGGCAAGGCGACCAAGGGCACAAAGCGCAAGCGCGCGGGCAGCGUGGCGAGCAGCAACGGCGCGGUGGUGCUCGCGCCGGCAGAGGAGGAGACACUUGCAGCUCUGGAGGCGGAGAUCGGACGGCUCAAAGCUGCGAACGAAGAUGCGACGACGACCGUGGGCGAGUGGGAGAUCAAGUGGAAGGUGCGGGCGAAAGUGUCUGGCUCCGGGGUAGCCGGAGACUUCGCCGCCACAAGGGCCGGCGGCAAGCAGUGUCGCUCCAUCAAGGGGCUCCGUGCCCUGCUGGCAGGGUCGGCCUGACCACGCUGCGGAGGGCGCCUGCCAGAGGAACGACGCUCGACCCACCCGCGCGCUGUAGACCUGUCUACCAUGGGCCUCGCUGCCAGCUCACUGCCGCACCGGGAGCGCCUCGGUCGCUCUCAUAAGUGCGUUCGUACUCUCCAUGUCUAAUACUAAGUUAUACGGUGCCAUGCAUGUUGUCGUUUACAUUAGACAUUAGAGCCA